ACGGUAACAACGGCUGCGGCGCUGCCUCCGCGGGAAGGACGGGCCGGCCCCGGGCCCUGCGGCGCCGGGGCAGCGCCUGGCGCUCCGGCCUGCGCGGGAAGGGCCGCCUGUCUUCCUGCUUGCUUGUUGAAACCUCCUGUGAGGUUAUUUUUUUGCUUGUUUUUUUAGGUCACAAUGGAUAUUACAAGGGGGAGCUUGGAUAAAAUUUCAAGGCCUGCAUGUAGCUCAAGAGCUUAUCCUAAUUCUAGAUCUUUAAAUACAUCUGUGGAGUUAUUAACACCACAGCCACAUUUGCCAAAGGUUGGUUCACCUGUCAGUUUGGCUGGUAGUCAUCAAAGAGACAGUCUAGAAGACUGCUUCCCAGAAGAAAACAAAGGUGAUGACAGAGAGAAAACUGAUGUCAAGGAAAUGAGAACAGAUCAGCAAAUCACAGUGGAGAGUAUGACCUUCUUUCUUCAGAAGUGUGUACUGAACCCCAACAAGUUGUCAGGAUGUAUCAUUAAUUCAGAUUCUGGAGAUGCUGGCACUGAAACACAGACUUCAAAAUUCUAUGAAUAUUCCCAAGGAAAACUAAGUAAUGCAAAAGCAGCAAUCUCUUCCAACUUGGAAUGUUCUGAAGAAACAAAUGUAGAUCCUCAGAUUCAAAAAGCUAUAAAGAGAAUGAAUAAAUUUGACACAAUACUGGCAAAAAAACAUUUUAAGGAGAAAGCAAUUAAAAAACAAGGCAAAGAAAUAAGGGCAAAGCUCUGGGAAGAACUUCAGUCUAUCAGAACCACUGGAAGCCACGAGGAGGUAGAAAACACAAAACUUUUUUUAGCUUUGAUCUCAUCAUGUCAGGAGACAUCUGAUCCCUCCCAUGCAAAAGAAGAUGAAAUAUGUACUUCAGUAUUUCAUACACAAAUUAAUCCAGAAGAUUAUGCUUGCUAUAAACCCCACCAUAAUCAAGAUUAUCCAAGUGAACUAGAAACAAAUGAAUUUCUUAAUCAAGCAGAAGAAACACAUAGCAAAAGUAAAAAAAGUCAGAAUUUCAUUAAGAAGAACAUUGAGCUAGUAAAGGAUUCAGGAAACCAGGUUGUUAUGCUUGAGGGAGAAAGGAAAAGACUAAUUGAACUAUUGAAAGAUACAGAAGAUGGAAUUGAAUUACAAGGUCUUGAGGAGGAUGUAUCUGGUUGGCUAGCACCAGAAGCGUACAUACCCGAACCAACGGAAUAUCAUCACCUAAAUGAGAUAAACAUUAAGCUUCAAGUACUACGAUCUGAUGGGGAUUUUUCUGCAAUUUCCAGCUCUUGUUCAAAUCCUCCAAGCCAGGUUUAUCAGGAUCCUCUGGUUUAUGCAAACAGAAGUCCAGAAGCAGUUCCAGGUGAAAAGGUUCUGCGAGACAAUAAAGAACAACGUGAGCAACAAAAUCGUCUGAAAGAAAUAGAUCAUCAGCUAAAAUCCUUAGAGAAAAAUCUUACUGAAGAACAAAUGGGCCUCUCUGAAGAGCAGCUUAAGACCCUUCUGGAAGAAUGUAUGCAGCCUCAGAGAACAAUAAGCAACGUUACCAUGCCAAAGUCUCAGGAAUCUCUUUCUUUUGGAGUAAGUCCCCCUUGUCACACAAGUCAAGACUCCACUCUUCACUCCACAUCUAGUCUUUCCAAAAUGUUAGUUGAAGACCAUAUUGUAGGGAUGUUAACGGCUCACGAAAAGGCUGGCCUUGAAGACAAAAGCUUAUGUGUUAAUGCAGAGAGUGAAAUCCCUGGUUACUAUAUUAGCAAAGCACUGGCUGAUAGUCACUUAUCAAAGAAUUCUCUGGCUCAGACAGAGGAACCUGAUGACCUAGAAGGUUUACAGAAGAUGGGAGAUAAGAGCAUUACUGAAGGUUACUUUAUGUCAAGAGCACUCAACACAAAAAGGUUGAAGAAACCUUCUUUCUUGGAUGAACCAUUAUAUUGCAUCAGCAUGAACAAUGAGCCAUCCACAGAGGCUGACAUUCUUAGCAUACCACUGCAAACCAAAGGAGAUGAUACGAAGGUUGAAAGUCGAGGGGAGAGUGAUUAUAUGCUUCUUUAGACUCCUCUUUUUCUGAAAGUGUGUUUAAACCUCCAUUAGUGAUAUUAUACUGAUACAGUAUAAUUUCAGACAACCUGAAGGGAAUGAAUUAUCAUCAUUGAAAACUAUUCUGUGAGCUGAUUUAUUCUUAAGAGAUAAGUAUUAUUGUCAUUAUCAUAUAUUGUUGCAGUUUGAUUUCAA